AGCUUCAAACUCAGAUCCAUCUGUCUCUGCCUGCCGGAGUGCUGAGAUCACAGAUUUUUUAUUGCUUUUCCCCUGCCACCGUCGUCGAGUUGCGCAGAGGCGGAAGCUCGGGUGCGUUCAAAUUCGGCCUCACCCGUAACCCACUGCCACGGCCGAGGAAGGCAUUGCUGCUGGCGGUGUAAUGGACAUCAAUACUGCUCUACAAGAGGCACUGAAGACCGCCCUCAUCCACGAUGGCCUAGCACGUGGCAUACACGAAGCUGCCAAAGCCUUAGACAAACGCCAGGCCCAUCUUUGUGUGCUUGCAUCCAGCUGUGAGGAGCCCAUGUCCGUCAAGCUGGUGGAGGCGCUCUGUGCUGAGCCCCAGAUCAACCUGAUGAAGGUUGACGACAAGAAACUAGGGGAAUGGGUAGGCCUCUGUAAAAUCCAUCGAGAGGGGAAACCACAGAAAGUGGUUGGUUGCAGUUGUGUAGUGGUUAAGGAUUAUGGCAAAGAAUCUCAGGCCAAGGAUGUCAUCGAGGAAUACUUCAAAUACAAGAAAUGAAUUAAAUAAAAUUUUUGGCUCAUUAAAA